UCAUGAUCCCGGGGCCUGGCCAUCAUGCAAAACAAAAAAGGAAGAUAUGAAGCCGCUAUGGUUCUGGGGGCUGUUGGUGACGCUUUAGGUUACAAUAAUGGACAAUGGGAAUUCUGUGACGAUGGUCGACAAAUUCACGAAGAAUUAAAGAACAUGGGUGGUUUGAACUCUAUCCAUGUAAAAGUUCCACAGUGGCUUGUUAGUGAUGAUACAGUUAUGCAUCUUGCUACUGCAGAAGCUUUAAGUAAAUGCAGUAAACAUGGUUCUGAAAGGGAACAACUCUACAGAGAAAUUGCCAUGAAUUAUAAAAAAUGCAUGAAGGACAUGGAAGGGCGAGCACCAGGUAAUAUGUGUUGUUAUUCUGUUAGUUUGCUUGAUCCUUCAAAGCAGGACGUUAGAAAUGGCUGCCAGGUUCCAUUUUCAAAAAGCGGAGGAGGAUGUGGUGCUGCAAUGCGGUCCAUGUGUAUUGGUCUGCGAUACCCUAAAAAGGAACAGCUCAGUGACCUUGUAGCUGUGAGUAUCGAGUCUGGAUGGAUGACCCAUAACCACCCUACAGGAUAUCUGGGAAGCUUGGCUUCUGCUCUCUUUGCAUCUUAUGCUAUCCAAGAUAUGCCUCUGAAGGCCUGGGGCGCAGAGUUACUUAAGGUUAUACCAGAAGCGUUGGAAUACGUAAAAUCACAAAAUAACUCUUUGGAUGAAAACUUACAAAACUGGGAUUAUUUCUCAGAGGAGUGGGAAAAGUACCUUAAAUUACGACAGCUGGACAGCGGGAUGUCUGACCCAGUUUUCCCUCGUCACUAUAACGUAGAGGAUAGAGACAGAUUCUAUAGAGAACUUAGCUUCUCAGGAUGCGGGGGUUCCAGUGGUCAUGAUGCCCCAAUGAUAGCGUAUGAUGCAUUACUUGGAAGUGGAGGAGACUGGGAGGAAUUGUGUAGCAGAGCUAUGUUCCAUGGAGGCGACAGUGAUAGUACAGGUACAAUAGCAGGUUUCUGCUUUGGAGCAAUGUAUGGUUUUCAAGGUGUUCCAGAAAUAAACUUUAAGGAUAUCGAAUACAAAGACAGACUGUUGAAGGAAGCAAGAAAUUUAUUUGCUUUGGCAAAUGAGAAAAAGUAAAAAAAAAAAAAAAAGUUGACGACUGCCCUACAUACAUUUAGGAUCUGUGCCUCUUUAUUGGAAAAAUGGGACAUUCUAAAAAUGAACUGUAACAAUCAAGAAGGUGAAAUUUUAACAAAAGUCCUAGGCGAAGAGUGGAUUUACAUGGAUUUUCUGUACUCGAAAAUUUCCAAGUCUGUUGUUGUAUAAUUACAACAUUGUUAUACACAAGCUUUUAAAACAAGCAAUGAAUUAAUUUGGGUUAAUUCUUAUCAUGCCAGGUAACUUUCAUGUUUUUUUCCAAUUUUAUUUUAAUUCAGUGAAUGUAUUUGAGAAACUUACUUAUGUAAAUCGAGGUUCGAAAGGAAGAUACAGUUCAUGUAUAUUGUGUAUUACAAUGAAAAUUGUUUCUUUCGAGAAGCGAAUUCUAUUACAUGUACCUCUCUUUAAAAUGAUAUGUACGGUGGCGGGUGGCCACGAAUUUAAAAAAAAAAUCGUGGCCAGAAAAAUAAAAUUAUGGCCGAAUUAUUUUGGUAUAUAUUUUGUUUGUUAAGGAAGCUCUAAACACUGCUCACUGAAGAGUUUAAAAUUCACUGUAGUUUUAUGCAUUUAGAGUGAUCUGUCGUUUGGUGUGAAAUGAAAUUAAAAGAAAUCUUCAGUAAAUGAAAUAAACUGAAAUAGAUUAAUGUAUUCUUACCAUUAUAUUACACCAAGAUAAAGUAAUUAGAAACAUUACGUGCAUAUAUUUUCCCAAUGUUAGUAAACAACAUGCAGUGAUUUCUGUUCACUAAAUACUUCAAUGUCUUUGAAUAUUUCUCCUGGAGAAAUAUGACAUGUACCCUAUAUCGGAAAUGACCUAGAUAAAUAAACUCAAAAUGUACAACUAUCUAUGGUGCGAUUUUCUCAAAGUCCAAAAUACAUUUUCCGUUAGUGUUUAGAGCUCCCUUAAGUAAAUAUGGAGAGGGUUCAAAACUUGCUUUCCAACUUUGCAUGUUUUACAGUUAAAUUAUCAUAAACCGUUAAUCAAUUACACUGUAUAGCAAAAUCGUUUACUUUGAAACAUUACACUAAAAUGUAUUAAACUUUAAGAACCCUUGAAUUAUACCAGGCAAAAGAGGUUUUUGAAUGAUGUAAAUAUUUACCAAUGUAUAAAAAAUGGAAUGUAUAAAUUAUGUGAGACAUACUGUGAACAAACUAGUUUUGUACUGAACAAGCAUAAAUCGUUAUAAAAAUGCUUAGGAUGCACAUUUCAAUUAUAAAACCUUGUAUCCUAAAGACAUAUUGUUGAAUUUAACAAAUCAGUAAAUCAUUUGCAUCAAAGUCACAGUAUUUCAUUAUGUUUCUAUCAUAAUAAUUACUAUGAAUCAAACAAGAGGCCCAGUGGCCUUUAUGCCGUUUAUGGUAAACUGUAUGAUACAACCCGGAAAAGAUCUAUAAAAUGGCAACAUGAUAAUUAUUGAUUGUUUAUGUAAGAUGUAAUAAAGCAGAAUAAAUUGACAGAGGAAGAUAGGUUGUUCACAAAAAUCAUAUAGAUCAAGGAUCAACAAAAUAGUUUUUCUAAUAAUCUGCAAGAAAUCUGAAAUUAGACGCAAGUGCUAAUUGCACAUCCAACUUGUCAUUGUCACCAAUCUUUAGAAAAAUAAGCUUGAAGCUAAUGUAUUCAGAGCAACCCUAUCAUACACUCCUUCAAUCAAGCCCUCCACCUCUUUAAAAUAUAUAUGGUGAAGAUUAAAAUAUAUUUAUGUCCAAUGUUUAUUUUAUUUUAUGCUUACAAGUCUACCUGAUCAUUAAAAACUAUACAGUAAUUUCAAUAAAGCAACUACCCUUGCAUCAGAACCCAUUACCCAGGGGCCAUGAAUUUCGCAAUUUAUAUGUAAAGGCUCCCUUGCUCAUAAGUGAAAACAAGUACGUACUUGGUUUGCCUGCUAGAUGCCCAAUAGCAGAGAACAUCAUUGGCCGCUGCUUUUUCAAUAAAAAUGAAACUCGUAAAUUAAUUUACCUUGUCAUUGGUCAUUUUCAACAUUAUUUUUUACCAGUAUUGGACUUAAACCAACUUCAUUUGAUAUCAAUAUGUCAGAUUUAGACAAAACCAAAUUUCUUUUAGUAAAUUUCCCAAGACAAACCGGAAAAUUCAUAUAUUCAGCAUAUACUUACA